AUGUGCCGCCCGUCCCUCGGCGGCCUGUCCCGUCAGGGCCUGCUCUGGGGAGUUGCCGCCCUUGCCGCCCUCUCUGCUGCCCUCGUGGGCGGCUCGUGGCUGUUCACCAAGGAGCCAAUCGCGCUGCCCCAUUCGCGCAUAGCAACCUCGAUCACGUUCCGGAUCGAUGCGCCCUCGCCAGCUUGCACGCUCGUGAAAUAUUCCGGAUGGCAGGACGUGGGAGAUCUGGGGAUAUGGACCACCUUGGAUUUCGCUCCGGUCUUCGUAUCCAGAAUGAGGUCUUGUACGAUCUUAUGUGGAACAGCCGUGGUAUUCCUCUUGCUAGCAAUUCUUUUCGCUAUCAUUGGCCACUGCAACAGUGACAAUAAAACGAUCAUUGCUUGUGGUCUAUUCAUAUUGGGUGGCCUGUCCUUGGGCACGGGGCUCGUGAUAUUCGCCUCGUCGCUGUCGGAGACGGUCCUGGAGAUCACGCAAUACCACCGGGAGCCCCCCUUCGGCCCCCUCUACGACUACCGAUACGGGUGGUGCUUCUUCGCGGCGGGGGGUGCCUUCAUAAUGACCAACAUGGCCGCCCUUUUCUCCAUCUCCGGCUAUCUGAAUCGGUUCGCCUCCGUCGACGAAAUGGUGCGCCGCACCGUGCCAGGCGCCGAGCGCAAACUCCUCGAGCACCAGCACCUCUCCAGCGAGUACCUCGUGCCGCUGCAGUACGACGCGCCGCCCGUUGAGCGUCGCGACGCCGCCCACGCGCCCACCAAGACGCCGCCCGACAACCACAAUUCCACAGCUCCCCUGUCCUUCUCCAACGUGCCCAUGAAGUACGGUACCAUGCAGCUGGAGUCCCCAUCCACCCUACAGUGCACCAGCACCCUGCAUCAGGGGUUUUUAGGGGUGACUGACUUGGGCAGCUCGAGCUCGACCAGCUCUAGCGGGUACUGCGGUAGGAGUAAGACUCUGGGAUACAAGAACAAGAAGAAGUGCGAGAAAUCGGAGGCUUUCCAGGGGCCAGAGACGAGUUUCGCGGAUUUCGGGAAGCGAACUACCAACGAGUUUAGUUUUUCCGGUAGUGCUGUGUGA